UAUCUAUGGGUCGUGUGGGAAUUUCAGUGAGUUUUUAUACUCUAUCUUUCUUGACCAUCAACUAACCAAUAACAUUUUAACGGGGUCUUAAUUAGCAUUAUGAAAAUGGAAUCAAUAAUACAUUUUUAUAUUUUAUAUUCUUAAAUGAUUAUGAUAUUUCUCCAAAUGUUCGACCUACAUAUUAUUUCUUUAUGGGGUUAUAGGUAUAAUAUGCCCCUAAACUAUGACGUUUUAUCAAACAUACCCCUCUACUAUUUUUUAUAUCAAACAUGCCCCUGUAAUUUGGAAAAACUAUCAAACAUGCUCUUCAGUUGAAAUUUCCAUUGAAAAAAUCGUCAAUCAUGGUUGAACCGAGAUUUAGACGACAUGACAUCGAUAAAUGGGAGGGGAAAUGUCAGUUUUGACCCUUGUUUUAUUUCUCUAUGUCUCGUCAAAGUGAAAUUAUUAGAAUUAUUUGGCUAUACAAAAGAGCAAAAAAAAAAAAAACUCUAUAGUGAAAUUAUUAGGGAUAUUUUAGAUAUUUGGGUCGCCCAAACCAAAGUUCGGUUUUGGUUAACGGGUUUUGGAUGGAAAUUUUAACAAAAGGACAUGUCUGAUAAGUUUUCCAAAGUACAGGGGCAUGUUUGAUGUAAAAAAUAGUAGAUGAGCAUGUUUGAUAAAACGUCAUAGUAGAGGGGCAUAUUAUACCUAUAACCCUUCUUUAUGUAUCAUCUCGAUCGAAUGAUUAUCAAUAAAAUUAAAAGAGUUAAUAGACUUAAAAAUAACAUAAAAAUAUAAACAAUCAAAUAUAAACAUUCCGACCGGGUUAUAAACUAAUAUGAUUGUAGAGUUGUAAUCACAACAAAACAAUCUCAAUCUCCAAACUAGCACUACAAAACACAACAGUCCGAGGCCACCACCAUCAAUAGGGGCCGGGCACCAUCAUUGACCCAGACAUCUGUGUCCUUGGCUAAUCCAUGGACUGAAAGUUCAACGAACCCUCAGAUUGGGCCUUGGUCCACAUCUCUAUCCAAAACUUUUUUAAAGUUGAAACCUCUUGCCAGUUUCAUGUUCCCGCCAAGCCUCCAGAAUUUCCCCCCUCUUACCAACAAAACAAAAAGGAAGAAAAUAGAAGUAAGAGAAAUCGUCUCUCUGGCAAGAAUUCCUUUCUCCUACUUCUCCCUUCACAGAAGAAAAGCACCCGUGUCGUGUGGGAGAGCAUUCCAUUGAACGGGAUAUAGAUCCAUCGCAGAAGCGGGCCAAGGGGAGCGAGAACGAGAUCAACUAGUGUUUAACGUUGACGGGGCAAGCGCGGCGGCGUAGGGGAGCAGAUUGACGAGAGCAAUCUGCAGCGGCCGGAAGGAACUAAGGAGGAGAAGAUAAAUUGAAGUUGCAAGAUCGAGAAUCAGUUCGGAGAUUUAUGUGCCCGUGAAGUUGAACUGAAAUAAAGCUAGCAAGAAGUUCUCUUGAGUUGGAAGUGCCUUUUGUCUUUUAAUGGAUAUGGAAACUGGGGAUGAGUUCACGGCCACCGAGCCCGAGUCCUCUCGAUCCGCAGGAUCUUCAAGAGGUCCCAGGCUGUUCAUUACGGAAAUGGUGAUGAUGAAUUUCAAGUCUUAUGCCGGUGAACAGCGCGUCGGUCCUUUCCAUAAGAGUUUCUCUGCAGUGGUCGGACCUAACGGAAGUGGGAAGAGCAACGUGAUAGAUGCAAUGUUGUUCGUGUUUGGGAAGCGAGCAAAGCAGAUGAGGCUUAACAAAGUUUCGGAGCUUAUUCACAACUCUACGAAUCACCAGAAUUUGGGCAGUGCUGCUGUUUCUGUGCACUUCCAGGAGAUCAUAGACCUGGAUGAUGGUAACUACGAGGCUGUUCCAGGAAGUGAUUUUGUGAUUAAGAGAGUGGCAUUUCGGGAUAACUCAUCGAAGUAUUAUAUUAAUGAUCGCUCCAGUAAUUUUACAGAAGUCACAAAAAAACUUAAAGAAAAGGGAGUGGACCUUGAUAACAACCGGUUUUUGAUUCUUCAGGGUGAAGUCGAACAGAUCUCAUUGAUGAAGCCAAAAGCUCAAGGUCCUCAUGAUGAAGGUUUUCUUGAAUACUUGGAGGACAUAAUUGGGACUAACAAAUAUGUAGAGAGAAUAGACGAGGCUUCCAAGGAGCUGGAGGUUCUUAAUGAUAAAAGAUCUGGAGUAGUUCAAAUGGUAAAGCUAGCUGAGAAAGAAAGGGAUGGUUUGGAGGAUGUGAAGAAUGAAGCAGAGAACUACAUGCUUAAAGAGUUAUCCUACCUGAAGUGGCAAGAGAAAGCCUCUAAAUUGGCUUUUGAAGAUACCUCUACCAAAAUGGGGGAAGUAGAAACUAACAUAUCUACCCUCGAAGAAAGCCUGAAGUCUGACAGAGGGAAGAUUCAGGAGAAUAACAAGACACUGAAGGAGCUUGAAACUGUGCACAAUAAGUACAUGAAAAGACAUGAGGAACUAAACGAUGAUCUCAAAACCUGCAAAGAUAAAUUUCGGGAGUUUGAAAGACAGGAUGUUAAGUACCGGGAGGAUUUGAAACACAGGAAGCAGAAGAUCAAGAAGCUUGAUGACAAACUUGAAAAGGACUCCUCAAAAAUCAAUGACUUAACAAAGGAGUGCGAGGAAUCAACAAAUUUGAUCCCACAACUUGAAGAUAAAGUCCCAAAGCUGCAAAAUCUAUUGUCACUAGAGGAGAAAAUUUUGGAAGACAUAAAAGAGCGUUCUAAAGGUGAAGCGGAGGCGUAUCGCUCCGAGCUGGCAAAAGUUCGUGCUGAAUUAGAACCUUGGGAGAAGCAACUUAUUGAUCACAAAGGGAAACUUGAAGUUGCUCGCACAGAGAGCAAGCUUUUGACUGAUAAGCAUGAAGCUGGUCAUGCAGCUUUUGAGAAUGCACGUAAGCAGAUGGACAGCAUACAAGGAAUAAUUGGAGCAAAAACAGCGAACAUUGAGAAGUUGCAAAGUGAAAUUGAACAAAAGAAGCUUGAAGCAUUAGAAUCUCAUAAAACCGAGCAAGAGUGCAUCAAAGAACAAGAAAGACUGAUUCCACUUGAACAAGCGGCAAGGCAGAAGGUUGCAGAACUUAAGUCAAUCAUUGAUUCGGAGAAGAGUCAGGGGUCUGUCCUGAAAGCAAUUUUACUUGCCAAAGAAUCUAAAAGCAUAGAAGGGAUAUACGGAAGAAUGGGGGAUUUAGGUGCCAUUGACGCAAAGUAUGAUGUUGCCAUAUCGACGGCCUGUGGUGGACUUGAUUAUAUUGUUGUUGAGACGACUGCGGCAGCCCAAGCAUGUGUUGAAUUGCUCAGACGCGAGAACCUUGGAAUCGCAACUUUCAUGAUACUGGAAAAACAAGUUGACUUACUGCCAAAAAUGAAAGAGACUGUGAGCACUCCUGAGAGUGUUCCACGUCUUUUUGAUCUGGUGAGGGUUCAGGAUAAGAGAAUGAAAGUUGCUUUCUAUGCUGUACUGCGAAACACUGUCGUAGCAAAGGAUCUGGAUCAGGCAACAAGAAUUGCGUAUGGAAACACAGACUUCCGACGUGUGGUUACGCUAGAUGGUGCACUUUUUGAAACAGCUGGUACAAUGAGUGGUGGAGGAAGUAAACCCAGGGGUGGGAAGAUGGGUACAUCGAUUCGAGCUGCUAGUGUGUCUGCAGAAGCUGUGCAGAAUGAAGAGAAAGAACUCUUUACAUUGGUUGAGAAAUUGAAUGCUGUUGGCAAAAAAAUUACUGAUGCAGUGAGAAAUUACCAAGCUGCCGAGAAGCAGGUUUCACAUUUGGAGAUGGAAUUGGCUAAAAGCCAGAAAGAGAUUGAUAGUUUGAAAUCGGAACAUAGUUAUCUUAAGAAGCAGCUUGCAUCUUUGGAGGCUGCGUCACAUCCAAAGAAAGACGAGCUUGAUAGGCUACUAGAGCUUGAGAAAAUUAUAUCUGCCCAGGAGAAAGAGAUUGAUAGACUUGUCCAAGGGUCUAAGGAGCUAAAGGAGAAGGCUCUGGCCCUUCAGAACAAGAUAGAAAAUGCUGGAGGUCAAUUGCUGCAGGAUCAGAAGAUAAAGGUCCAAAGUAUUCAUUCUGAUAUCGAUAAAAGUUGCUCUGAGAUCAAUCGCCAUAAAGUGCAAAUAGAGACAAGUCAGAAACUGAUAAAGAAGCUGACGAAGGGGAUUGAAGAUUCAAGGAAGGAAAAGGAACGACUAGAAGAUGAAAAGGAAAAACUGAAAGGUGUUUUCAAAGAUAUAGAAGUGAAAGCCUUUGAUGUUCAAGAGAAGUACAAGAAAACACAGGAGUUAAUUGACGAACAUAAGGGAGUCUUGGAUAAAGCUAGAGAUGAUUAUGAGCAAUUGAAGAAGGUGGUCGAUGAGUUGCGUGCUUCAGAGGUUGAUGCCGACUUCAAGCUAAAAGAUAUGAAGAAAGGAUACAAGGAGUUGGAAAUGAGAGGCAAAGGCUAUAAGAAAAAGCUUGAUGACUUGCAAAAUUCAAUUACCCUCCAAAUGGAGCAAAUCCAGAAAGAUCUCGUGGAUCCUGAAAAGCUUCAAGCAACCUUAGCUGAUGGAAAUCUUUCUGAGGAUUGUGAGCUGAAGAAGGCCCUUGAAAUGGUUACGUUGUUGCAAGCACAAUUGAAAGAGAUGAAUCCUAAUCUUGAUUCAAUCACAGAGUACCGAGGAAAGGUUGCUCUCUAUAAUGAAAGAGUUGAGGAGCUCAAUGCGGUCACUCAGAACCGUGAUGAUGUCAAAAGGCAACAUGACGAAUUGAGAAAGAAAAGGCUGGAUGAGUUCAUGGCUGGGUUCAAUGCCAUAUCAUUAAAGCUGAAGGAGAUGUAUCAGAUGAUUACACUUGGAGGGGAUGCAGAGCUAGAGCUAGUGGAUUCUUUGGAUCCGUUCUCUGAAGGUGUUGUAUUCAGUGUCAGGCCGCCAAAGAAAAGCUGGAAGAACAUUGCUAACUUGUCCGGUGGCGAAAAGACUCUGAGUUCCCUAGCUCUGGUUUUUGCACUCCACCAUUACAAGCCUACACCACUGUAUGUGAUGGAUGAGAUCGAUGCUGCGUUAGACUUCAAGAAUGUCUCGAUUGUGGGACACUACGUUAAGGACCGCACGAAGGAUGCUCAAUUCGUCAUCAUAAGUCUUAGGAACAACAUGUUUGAGUUGGCAGAUCGGCUGGUGGGGAUCUACAAAACCGAUAACUGCACUAAAAGCAUCACCAUAAAUCCCAAGAGUUUUGCAGUGAGCGAAAAGGCGGUUUGAUCAAUCAUCGUUAAUUUUUGUGUGUGUAGUAAGUAACAAAUGUAACUCUUAGAAUGCAAAUGAUAUCAACUCGAUAUUUGUUGCCAAUACUGUUUGAGCAUUUUCGAAGUUUAUGUAUUGUUGUGAUUCACCUGACAAUGACUUCAUAGAGCAUAGUCUCUUCUUGAAUCAUUGUCGGCUCUACAUACUGUGAAUCUUCUCCUAAAUUACUAUCUUGUACUGAAGUAUUUACUAUUUAGUAUCUUAAAGCUUUAGUACUUAAACUUCCAGAUAUUUAUAAUACUGUUGGGGUUAAUUGCAUGGUUGGUCAUUGAAAUUACAAAAACUGUUCAAGUUUGGUCACUCAAAAUAUUUAAAUUCAUUGGCGGUACUUUAGUUUAGUGAAACCGUUCAUGUUUGAUCACUCUCUGUCCAACUCCGUUAACUUUGGAUGAUGUGGUACUUUUAUUAUACUUUUACUUCGCCAAGAAAUUAUCUAAUGGUUCAUAUACUGUUGCUAAUUCACAUUUUUGCAAUUCAUAAUGAAGUACCCAAACUUUUGACGGUUACCCAAUACAGCUAACAAACAACCCAAAUACUCUACAAGGUCCAAAUCACAAAAUAUUUUACAAGAGAGUAAACACUAGCCCCCUGUUGAUGCACAAACCCAUUUGUCUUGUCUCUCACAUAUUUUACAAUUUAGUAUCCCUAACUCUUAAUAUUCAACCCAAUGACCCUUACACUUGACAAAUGACAGAAAUACACCCCAAACUUAGAA